AUGCCAUCAGACACAUUUCGGAUGUUAAUCUGUGGAAACAGUGGAAGUGGUAAGACUAAUCUAUUAUAUCAUAUGUUAAUUAAACCACUGUUGUACUUCGAUGAAAUUUAUCUUUAUGCGCGUAAUUUAGAGCAGGAUAAAUAUAAACAAUUAAUGCAAAAAAUGAGAGAACUGAGUUCUAAAGUUGGAUAUGAAAUACUUCAUGUGAGUAAUGAUGAAAUAACCCCAGUGUCAGAAAUGGGUUAUGAAGACAAUCAAAAACUUGUGAUAUUUGAUGAUUACGUUUGUGAUAAAAACCAGAGACAACUUACUGAUUAUUUCAUUCAAGGACGACAUAAGAAUUGCUCUGUAAUCUACCUCAGUCAAUCAUUUUACAAAACUCCAAAGGAUAUUCGAUUGAAUUGUUCUCAUUACUGCCUUUAUGAAUUUCCAUCAUCGAGGGAAUCCAAUAGGAUAUCAUCUGAGUUGGGAGUUGACAAAGAGACAUAUAAAGCAGCAACAAGAAAACCAUUUACAUUUCUAUAUGUUGAUAAACCCAGAAAACGUAUUGCAAAAACCUUUACUGGUAAUCUAGCCUAAUAAUUAAAAUGGGUAUAUUCAACGAACAAUCUUUUGAUCAUCCUUUUGCUAGAGGAAUUCAGGGUGCUCCAGGAGUAGGAUUUAAUCUCACUUCAAGUGGGGAUUAUGAUAUGAUAAAUAAAAAACUAAGAAAUGUUGGUGCUCCGGAAUCAAACACCGAUGCGGCAACCAAGAAGUAUGUUGAUGAUAAUUCUGGGGGUGGAAAAACAUCAUUAAUAACAGUAGAUUCAAACAUUUAUAUGAAAGAUACAUAUCGUAUACUAAAUCUUAAAACACCAUCUGAUGUAGAUGAAGCAGCAACAAAGUCUUACGCUGAUAAUAAUUUUUUAAAAACUGAUGGAACAAAACCAAUGACACAAGAUUUAAGCCUUGGAUCUUAUCGCAUAACUCAUCUUGGUGAUCCUACAGGUGAUGGUGAUGCAACUUCAAAAAAAUACACUGACAAUUUGGUUAACACCAAACUAAAUGAUUACAUCAAAAAAGAUGGCACUGGAGAUUUCAACACUGGCGGCCACAAAAUACUAAAUCUUCGCACACCCACAUCAAACAGUCAACCAGCAACAAAAAAUUAUACCGAUAAUAAUUUUUUAAAUCUAGAUGAAACAGAAAAAAUGACUGGAAAUCUAGAUAUGGACAAUAAUCAAAUAUUAAAUCUACCAACUCCAACGGGUGGAAAACAACCAACACCAUUAGCUUUCACAGAUAUGAAGUAUCUUCACGUUGCUGGAACAAAUAAAAUGACUAAUAAUCUAAACAUGGAUAACAAAAGUAUAAUUUAUUUAAAACCACCAACAAAUGAUACAGAUGCUGCAACCAAAAAGUAUGUGGAUGACUCAAUACCUGAUACUAGUUCUUUUAUAAAAAAAGAUGGAAGUGUAUCAAUGACUAAUAACCUAAAUCUUGGAAACCAAAAAAUAGUUGGUCUCGCAACUCCAGUGUCAAACACAGAUGCUGCAACCAAAAAGUAUGUUGAUGAUAAUACUGGAAGUCCAGAUUUGAGUGAUUACUUGGAAAAA